CAGCAACAAAUGCAACAAACCAUAAUGUACCCCUAAACAACAUGGGACAUUUAACAAAUGUGUACGCGCUGGUACACAGAACCAUGGAGGGUGAGCCAGAGCAUUCUGCUGUGGAGACCGACGAUGAGGCACCAACACAGCAGUCGGAUGGAGACGGUGUUGUCAACGUUGGUGAUCCAUACGUCGUGCCAUACAAGGCACCUCAACGCCAACCUGCUGUAGGUGGUGUUGUAAACGCCGAUGAUCUAUACGCCGUACCAGACAAGACACCUAAACAUCAUCCUGCUGUUGACGGUGUUGUAAACGUUGCUGAUCUGUAUGCUGUACCAAACAAGUCAAAGGAAACACGGAAGGAAACAUAUAGUGUAGAAAUCAACAGUGAGUAUAGUGAAAUCUGAAUGGACGAAGAGUCACUGUUUUGGUGCGGCCAGUGUGUCGGACACUUAAUG